AUGUUUUAUCUUUAUGAGGAACUGGUAAAAUAAUAAUCGAAAUAUCAUAGGUGAUUGUCUAAAAAUAAAGAAUCAAUAUGAAUAAGCUCUUCAAUGGUUUCAAAAAGCGCUUAAAAUUGAUCCAAUACAUAUUUUAUCUCUAUGGGGAAUAGGUAAGUAUAACUCAAUAAAUCACAGGGGAAUGCUUAAAGAUGAUGAAUCGAUUUGAAGAAGCGCUUGAAUGGUAUGACAAAUUAUUGUUCAUAAAUCCACAGCAUAUAGAUUCCUUAUAUGGAAAAGUAAAUUUAUAAGAAUUCAUCAAAGGUGAAUGUUUAAAAAUGAUGAAUCAGUAUGAAUUAGCACUUGAAUCGUAUGAUAAAGGAUUAAGAUUCAACGAAAAACAUUUAUUAACAAUUUGGGGGAGAGGUAGUUUCAAUUUUCAAAUAAUAAAGGUGAUUGCCUAAAAAUGAUGUAUCAAUUUGAAUAAGCUAUUGAAUGGUAUGAUAGAGCAUUGAAUAUAAAUCCAUUACACAGCCUUUCUUUAUGGGGAAAAGGUAUAUUAAAUUAGAUAAAUCAAAGGUGAAUGCUUAAAAAUGAUGAAGCAAUUUAAAUAAGCUCUCAAAAAGUAUGAUGAAGCUUUGAAUAUUAACCCUCAAGAUGUCUAAUCUUUACGGGGGAAAGGUAAAUUUAAUUCAUUUUUAAGGUGACUGUCUACAGAUAAUGAAUUAAUUUGAAUUGGCUUUUGAGUUUUUUGAUUAAGCAUUAAUAAUAGACCCAGAACAUGUAUUAUCUUUAUAUGGUAAAGGUACAAUUUUUAAUUCUUUUAGCUUAAUGUGCAUAUGCCUUAGGUUAAUAUGAAAAAGCAAAUUCCUAUUUAAAGAAUGCAGAUUAAAUUAAGCCUAAUUAAUCUUAUAUUUUAGAAUUAUUAAGUAAUUUAUUUAGGCUCAAUUAGAAAUAUGUAAGAAUUAAUUGA